AUGAGUGAAACAUUAACCGAUGAAGAAAAAGCAUCAAUUGCACGACGUUUUAUUGCUCAUGCACCACCGGGCGAAUUCAAUGAAGUUUUUAAUGAUGUACGAACACUACUCAAUGAUGAUUCAUUAGUUCGACGAUCGGUUUCACAAGCAUUUGCUGAAUAUAAUCGAGAUCAAUAUAUUCCAACAAAGGUUCAAAAUUCAGAAUACAAAUGUCUUAUAACCGAUGUCAAUGAUUUAGGUGAUAGUCGAUUUUAUGAUCCACGUACAAGACAAAGUUUUAAAUUUGAUCAUUUACGUCGUGAAUCAUCGGAUUAUGAACAUUAUCAACUAGAUGAAAAAUCUGAAACAUGGCGUUUAGCAUGGGAAAAAGAACUUACAAAUUAUAUUAAAGAACGUUAUACAUAUGGUUCUUGUACAGUUAUCGGUGAAACUGAUGCCGAUACAAUUACAUUAACUGCUUUUAUUGAAAGUCAUAAAUAUGAACCGAAAAAUUUUUGGAAUGGACGUUGGCGAUCGAAUUGGUCAUUAACUUUUAGUAAAGGUCAACACACAUGCGAAUUAACUGGACUUAUCAAAGUUCAAGUGCAUUAUUUUGAAGAUGGUAAUGUUCAAUUAGUUAGUAGUAAAGAUAUUACAGAAAUAAUUCAACUUCAAGAUGAAACAAUGACAGCAAAAGAAAUCAUUCGAAUUAUACGUCAAGCAGAAGAUAAUUAUCAAAUAAAAACAAAAGAUAUUAUGGAAUCAUCAUUACUUAUUCAUUGGCUUAAUCAAUUAACUGAACCCGAUACUGAAAAAGUCAAACAAGCAACAAAACAAUUACAAAGUCUUUCAUUAACAAAUGAUUUUCUUCUUCAAUUAUUUCAUAUAUUUCGUUCUGAACAAAAUGAACAAAUACGUAUAUUAGCAUCUGUAUUACUUCGACGUAAAUUAUCAAAAUCAUCAUCAACAAUUUCAAAAGAUGUACAUGAAACAUUAAAACAUCUUUUACUUGAACAAAUACAAAUUGAAACAAGUCAACGUAUACGUAAAUCUUUAUUUGAAUUAAUUGGUACAAUAGCUAAACAAGAUUUACAACAUGAAAUAAUUGAAAAGAAAAAAAAAUCAAAAAAACAACAUAAAAUUGAAACAACCGGUUGGAAAGAAUAUCUUCAUUUAUGUGGUACACUUGUUCAAUCAACAGAUUUAAAAAAACUUGAAUUAGGCAUGUAUCUUUUUGCUACAUUAUCUACUUAUUGUGGUCGAUUUGUACUUGAACAUUGGCCACAUACAUUUAAUCUUAUAUCAACAAUGUUAAAAACACGACCAUCAACAAUUGUUUGUGAACAAGCUUUAAUUAUUUUAACAAAUCUUGUUAAAGUAUUUCAUCAAAAACAAUAUGUACAAACUAUUGUUGAUCUUGUGCCAAUUGCUAACGAAGCUAUACAAUAUCUUUUUGUUAAUAUUACGGCUGAAAAUACAACAAAUCUCUUGGAUUUUUAUGAAGCAUUACUUGAUUGUGAAGUACCAAAUGUUAUUGGAACGCAUCUUCAAAGUAUUAUUUCAACUUGUCUUCAAAUUGCUUUAAGAAAUGAUAAUACUGUUCUUGAAUCAGUACGUUAUAAUGCUUUAAGUAUAUUAGCUGAAAUUUGUCGACAAAAAAAGAAAGCAUUAUUAAAACAUCAACCAAUACUUCCACCAAUUAUUCAAGCAUUACUUCAAAUAAUUAGUUCAACAUCUAUUGAUACAAAUAGUAUUACUGAUGAUGAUGAUGAUGAACCUGUUGUUGUUGCUGGUGCUAAUCAUGUACUUGAAGCUAUGUCUUAUCAUUUAUCUCCAGAAAAAUUUGUACCAUUAGUGAUUUCACAAGUUGAACCGAUGUUAAAAAGUAAUGUUGCAAAUGAACGAAAAGCUGCUUAUUAUGUUCUUUCGGGUAUAAUUGAUGGUUGUUGUGAUUAUAUUAAUAACAAUUAUCUUGAACCAUAUAUGACAGCCCUUAAAAUUGGUCUACAAGAUGCAAGUUCAGAUGUAUCAAGUGCAGCUCUUUUAGCAUUAGGUGAAACAUGUGCUGUAUUAGAAGGUGAAAUUUCAAAAUAUUCAGUAGAAAUUUUACCUAUUCUAAUGGAACUUAUGGUUAAACCAGAAAAUAUGCAAGAUCAUAAUCUUAAAGUUAUACGAAUUUAUUAUGCUGUUGAAGAACUUAUUGGAGUUUUGAACGAUGAACAUAAAGGUUCAAUUCCUGAUGUACUUCGAGUUCUAUUUCAUGUACAUGCUUCAACAACAAAUACAAAAGUUCGGGAAUUAGUAUUGGCAGUUUAUCCAGCUAUUGCUAUCGUUAUGAAAGAUAAAUUUGCUCCAUAUCUUGAUCCCGUUAUAACUCAACUUUCACCUAAUCUAAGUCAAAAACCAAAUAUAGAAACAUUACCAGUGUUUUGCACAUCACUUCAUACACUUGCUUCACUUUGUCGUGCUGUUGGAACUGAUCAUUGUAAAGCAAUAUUGUUACAAGCAUUAGAUUUUUCACUUAAUUUAUACAAUGAAAUUGAUGAACCUGAAUUUCGUUCAGCUAUAUUUGCUCUUGGUGGAGCAACUAGUCGAGUAUUGAAAAAUGAAUUUAGUACGGCUCAUAUAAGUAAAAUUAUGGAAUAUAUAUUUCAAUCUCUUCGAUCACUUGAUUGGAUUGAAGAUGCUGCAGCAACUGAAAAUCGUAAAUUAGAAUGGGUUGAUGAAGAAGAUAUUGAUAGUACAUCAAAUGCAAUUCAUGAUCAACAUGAAGUAAAAGUUGAAGAAGAAGAAGAAGAUAAAGAUGAUGAAGAUGAUGAUGAUGAUGAUGAUGAACUUGCAGAUGAAGGAAUGACUCUUGAAAAUGCUCAUAUCGAAGAAAAAGCAGCUGCAACAGAAGCAUUGGGUGAUAUUGUUGAAAAUUGCAUGUAA